GCUGAUUCCGUCAAUUCAUCACCAUCAUUGAAGUUGCGGGAGCAAACGAAUCGAGGCGUACGAAAUAUAAUGGAAGAAUGUGGAUGAAGGUGGCAAUUGCCUCCACCUAGCCACGAGAUCUGCGACGAUGAAUCACACAAGCCAGAGGAAGUGGCGUCCCCGUUGUCUGUGCCCUGUCCGACUCACUAAGGCUGAUGCUCAAUUCAGUCAAAGCGAACCUUCAAAAUUGCCCUAAAUAAUUGGAAAGACACGAUCUUACGGGGAAUAUCGCCUAUUCCGCCUGGAAAACGGUUUCACCUCUCUUCUGACUCCCUGAAGGACAGUUGAACAACGAUAGCCUCAGUGGCAAACGCCUGUAAAAACGAGCGCGAAACAGGAUAAUGAUGGUGUGACCGUCGUGAUGCCUCACUCGCUGUCUUUCAGCUACUUCAAACACUCUGAUCCCGUUUCCUGUUGCCUUCGUAAACGAGAGCACCACGGUCAUACAACACAUUGAAAUAUUACACACCCUCGCACGUCAAGUACGAGAACUCUCUCACAUGAUAUCCAUCAUGACCCACAUCUUAGAGCUGGCACGACUGAGGUGUACCACGGCCAAUAGAACACCUUGGGUGCUAGUGCACCCAACAGCAGCUCGGAAGCCCGUCAUCACCCAAGCGCUGGACUAAAAGUACCUCCAGGCGCUCUGGCGUGGACCAGAGCGAAUCUUUACGCUGAAUUCAGGAACGACGCAAAGACACAGGUGGAGAGGAUACAUUGUGACGCUGCCACGUUCAACUGACACGAGUGCUUAACGCCAAUAGUGGGCGACAAGUGAACUGUGGUGUCGCAACAAGUUAGUUCAGCCUUCAUCAGGUUUCAUUGCUCCAUCGAUUGAGAUUGCAUUCUUGUGUUUAGCACAUUCAUGAAGAUUGUUUUGUCGAUGCGGAUCGCUGUAUUGAACUAUACAGCGCCAGUUGUGCUCGUACCCGUGACGGCUUCCUUGAGAUGUUGUCACGGCAAUGGCAUCGAAGAUGGCGCUCAUGAAGAGGUCCGUACACUCCCAUAUGGAACUGCCACAAUUUAACAGGCACCACCGUUUAUCACCUGCAGUUGUGGACGCCAGUCUUCGUGCGAUUUGCUUCGAUACUUGCGAAAGUGUCAGCUCGCAACCAGAAAGAAGGCUACAGAACCUGCCAUAUGGCACGCACACAUUCUGGCCGUUUUUGCGCUGCGUUGCCACCGUGCAUGCGCCUUUCUACCGUUUGUCUGAAGACAACGAACUGGGUUAGAAGGCUUAAAAUGGUACCACGUUUUUCUUUCACCUGUCUUCGUGUACGGGAAAACUUUGCAUGGUUCAAGGUUUGUGGUGCUCUUUGGCUGAGACUUGUCCAUCGGCUUUGAGGCGCCAUCUGCGUUUCUGACGGAGCUGCAUCCUAGGCCUCUGUCGCUGACUAGGACGCCGUGUGUGUUUUUUUGUCUCCCUGGCGCCGUGUUUUCCUCUUCCGCGAAGCGACAUCCAUAAGCUGGCUAGAUUUUGUGUUUGACGGCUGUGGAAAUUUACCCAGCCUGGUCCUUAGUAAUCCAUGUCUUUUUUUCCCUAAGGACGCUCUACAGUCGCAGCUGGUCGUGCCCGGAGUGGGGCUGGUGUCUCCGUGGGACGAAUACUCGACAAGCAUAAACAGUUGUAGUCAACGCUCUGAUCAAGAAAUACCACGUCGACUCCCGAAUGGCAUCUGUAUCAGAGCUUGGUAUUUCGCCUCGGUACCCAACCGUUUUGGCGGCCGCCCGCUCCACGGCAGUGCCCUUCUCGGGAGCAGACAAUAUUGUGUGAGUGUGUUCGCAAGCGUUCCGUUCGAGUUGCUAAUUUUGAAUGGGAGAGCAAGGUGAAACAUUCGAUGUUAAACGUGUGCAUGUUGAAGGCGUGGCAGCGCAAUCGCAUAUUGACUGCAAAAUACUCGAGAGGCAGAGUUCCCACUGUUAGAGUAAGAAUACACGACAGCGAACGAGAAACCUUGGACAUCUAUAUCCGACGUCAGCUACUAUGCACUAGUAUUCACAAAUAUAAGUACGUGACUCUUCUUCAAGACUCCCGUCCAGCUAGUCUCUGAAGUUCCGACCGGGAUGCGGGAGUGUUUAAAAAGUAGCUGUCGAGCAACAACGACUACCUGAGGGACGACCACACGCAAGCUAGUCUGUUCCAGUGACGUCAUCGCGUGCGACUCUCUUCGAGCACUUUUGCUUAACUCCAUCGGUAGAGGAAGCAAACACUCACUUGUAACGGGGUGUCCGAAAGGUUUGUCUUUAUCUGUUAUCAGCCGUGCCGGUAUCUGUCUGAGAAGACUGGGUGCGCUCGCAAGAACAAUGGGACAGGCACGCCCUCUCCGGCUCAAGAAUCUAUGCAGUGUGUCCCCUGGAUUUUGACGUAAGCCGAUAUGCAGGCUUCAAGUCAAGCCAGAUCGACAGUCGUGCGGAGCAGUGCCCAUUUUCUUGAGAGGGGUGGGGAAGCAGAUAAUCAACGUUGGCUGGCUGCCAGUGUUACACACGCGUCUCAUUUUCCCGACUCCAAAAUGCCACCCGUUUCUGGUGCAGAUAUUCCCCAAAUGGUGGAUUUCCACGACGACGUCACCACUUGGGUUUCCGAUGUAUUUUCACAGAUUUUUUCUCACCGAACCAAAAAAGUUUCUGCGCCUGGGCUUCCGUCGAAAGCCAGGUCAACUGGGCUGUGCACGGCGGUCAAAAGAGGUCGACUGUUACUGUGCUUGGGUCCUGGGUUGCUUCAUUAUCACCUCACUCUCUUUACACUCUUUUGGUUCACCGUAUUCGCUGCCGGACUCUCUUCCAGGGCUCCACACCCGCUUCACCCGUUCUCCCCUGCCUCGUUUCUACGCCUUCAAGAGUGCCUACGAUGGAACACUCACACGGCCCACUGUCAGGGCAAAGAAAGGGAUGACCAAGCUAGCGGCGCGUCAGCAUGUGCAGGCUUUCUGGCCGCCGACGUCCGAGUCCGCUCGCCGGGCCCUGCGAAGCCGAGCUUGAGUCUUGCUGCCUCUGGAGCCUCGUUUGGGUCGGUCGGAUCUGACGAAUGCUUGAGAUCAGGGAGAGCAGGCAAAGGUUUGGCGGCAGUAGUCUCAUCGUUCGUUGCGGUUUCAACGACGAGUCAGACCCAGCACGAUUCCGUACACUCCCCUACAAAGCCGCUGUUCCGAAAUUUUCACCAACAGCCGGUGCCGGCGCCACUACCCCAGAGCCGGUUGCUUCCUCCGCUAGGUGCGUUCCCGUUCCUGGGUCGGAAGCGAGGGGACGCUGACGGUGAUGCACAGACAGACGAUGUCUCCUGUCCGGAAAGCGUGCCAGUUGACAUGGAUCUUUAUGGCCUCGUCGGGGUAUCUAAGGAGGCAGAGAAGACAGAGAUUGAUGCCCGCUUUCGCCAGGCACAGAAGGAACUUUGUGAUGUGGGAGGCGAUCCCUCUGUCCUCAACAUGCUCCGUGCCGCCCACGCUGUUCUGACCGAUGAUGACAUGCGAUCGGCUUACGACAACCUAGGACGCGUCCCUGUAAACGUAGCUCGUGCGUUUCUGCUGCCGUCCUCGACAAACGGUUCCGGAGAAGAAAGCGCACAUUACUCUCCUGAACGACACAGUGCAAGAGACGCGGACAGUCACGCUCUGGGAGAGGAAGAUGAUGAAAACGACCAACAGAACGACGAGGCGGUUGGCACGUCGCCUCCGGGACUUAUGAAAGUCUUCUCCAGCUUUUUCGGAGGCAGCAACGCCCGGCGGAGACGGACUAGUUUAGACAGAGUUCGAGGAAACGACGUGUGGGCAAGCGUCACGCUUCAGCUGAGUGAAAUCGGCUGCGGCGAUGCCGAAAAGCAGGUCACUGUGGAGGCGCUUGAGAACUGCGACUGCUGCGAGGGCACUGGCGGGAAAGAUGGCCAGAAGGCAACUGCUUGCACAGCCUGUGACGGCAAAGGCGCAAUCGUCAAGACAACGACCACAAAUGUGGGGAUACUGAGAACGUCGCAGACAUGUCAAGCUUGUCGUGGGAGUGGAGAGGAGGCGCGUCUUCGCUGCUCGAAUUGUAGUGGCUCCGGCCGCGUUAAGAACGAAAAAACCCUCCAAGUGAUGAUUCCCGCAGGCGUUUCUGACGGCAUGCGUCUCCGGAUCAAGGGACAGGGCGACGUGGGCGUAAACGGGGGCCCGUCAGGAGACUUACUGCUUAAAGUGGAAGUGGAGAACGACACCGCCUUCAGAAGAGAAGGCAACAACCUGCUGGGAAUCGUUAGAAUUUCAUACAUCGACGCAAUCUUAGGCUUAGAAGAUAAACCAAUCGAGGUUAUUGACGGAGUUGCUCACAUCACAAUUCCUCCUGGUACCCAGAGCGGUGAAAAGAUCGUGGUCAAAGGUCGAGGAGCACAGGAUCCUGGCAUGACUACUCGGGAAAUGUCUGAUAGAGCUCUUACAACUACACGUGGGGACCACAUUGCGGUCAUUGAGGUUGAAUUACCAAGAAAAGUGUCGAAAGAAGAGAGAGAACUAUUGGAACGUCUUCGGCUGCUCCGUCGUCUGUAGCUUCGUGAUGUCCACUAGAGAGGCACAUAAAGAUGAGGGCGCCGCCAGGAGUCAUGCCUGCACAUUCUCCAUAAGAGGCGUAAGGCCUCCUUGUGCCGUGUCUACGUUCGUCUUUUUGUGUGACCGGAGGAAGAGGAACACAUGUGCGUUGUGAUGUGAAAAUCAUAGACGGGUGGUGGCGUUUUUCCGGUCUCCUGUCAACACACUAUAACGUACUCUCCCAGAUGCGAGCGCAAAUGAUAGGCGGGUUAACUGACACCAGAUGGACUAUAAUGAGGAUUGGAUCCCGCUGUAGCAUUGUGAAAUGCGUUGCUCUCGGUGUUGUAGGUUACAAGUAGAUCGUGGUAAUUCAUGGUUCUUUAUUGUGGUUCAAGAACACACGUGCAACAAGGGGAGUUCUGGAAACACGUGUUGCUUUGCGAGAGAACCAGAUACCAAUAAAAAACCACAAAGGUGUUCAUUCAGCGUGACAAAACGGCAUUCUUCGACUUCUUAUCAAGGGU